AUGGAUCAGGGUGGCUUUGUGCCUAGUAGGGAGACAUCUGAAGGUGAGAUUGUAGCUUAUGAAAUUCUACACUCCAUAUCGCAACAAAAGGUUCUAGCCAUGAUCAUUAAACUAGACAUUUUUAAGGCUUAUGAUCAUGUCAAUUGGCAGUCCCUUGUUGUUGUCUUGAAUCGUCUGGGGUUUUCACGCUGUUGGGUUAAAUGGGCAUUUUCAUGCAUAUCUUCUGUCUGUUUCUCAAUAUCGAUUAAUGGUUCUCCAUCGAGGUUCUUUUCUUCCUCCUGGGGAAUUAGGCAAGGGGAUCCCCUCUCCCCAUUUUUGUUUAUUCUUUUGGCGGAGGUGUUAAGUAGGGCCAUUUCUAACGCUACGACAUCUAGUUUAUGGUCGGGUGUCAAAAUUGAUGGCCUUCCUUCUUCACAAUCCCAUUGUUUGUUUGUUGAUGAUACGCUUCUAUUUGGGGCUGCCUCUUUGAGGGAAGCUAGAGUUAUAAAGAAAAUUAUUUCUGAUUAUGCUGCAUUUUUUGGACAGAAGGCUCCCCCUAAAGUUGUUAAGGACAUUAAGAUUUCACUUGGAUCCUUCCUUUGGAAUGAUAAUGUGGGAGGUAGAAAGAAGAUUCCUCUUCUUGGAUGGGACAAAAUUUGUCAUCCUAAAGAACUGGGUGGCACAGAUAUUCAUGAUUUAGUUGCUCAGAAUAAGGCUCUGGGGGUGAAACUGGUGUGGAAGUUAUAUGUAUAUCCUUUAAGUAAAUGGGCUUCCAUCAUGCUUGCUAAGUAUUUAAGGGGAGCCCCUAGAGAAAGGAUUUUUACAGCUAUGUCUCUUCCAAAGGGUUCAGUAUUUUGGAACUUUUUGGUUUCUUGUAGGAUGGUUAUUUUACCACAUUUAUCUUGGGUUGUUCAUAAUGGGAAGAAGGCCUGGUUUUGGGAUGAAUUCUGGAAUGGGUAUCCCGCUCUUUCAACUAUCAGAGAUUGGUCCCCUUUGCCUGACAUUUUAUCGAAUCUUUGGGGGCCUUUUGUUGCAGAUUAUUUUGAUAUUGUUUCUACAGGUCCAUAUUUACUGGUUAAAUGGAAGAAUAUUCCUCCCUUGCCUAUUGAUAACCACCUUAGACUUGCUUUUAUGGAAGAACUUCACAAAAGACCUCUUGUCUUUCAAGAUAAGGAAGAUUCUUUGGUCUGGACUAAGAGUGCUUCAAGUGCGUAUUCAGUAAAAGAUGGGUCACUUAUUCUAGGAUCUCUUAUGGUUCUAAGUUUUAUUCUAUUCAGAGCCCUGGACUCGUGUGUUGUGUAG